CGUACGCUUAAAGGCAUUCAGUGGUCGAUUCAAGCACAUCAGUGCUCUUUGAAAAAAUAAAUCGGUUACAAGAUAUUUGGAAACGGUCCAAAUGGGCGAACUCUCUUCUCUCUGACGCGUAGCCGCGAAACGACUGCUGAAGGUAAAUACACCCAAAGUAUUUCAUUUAAAUACUUGGAAAGCUUUCAAGAAGAAUCAAGGUUGCAAAUCAGAAGUUUGCACCUGGCAGUUACUCAGUAACUUGUAUAGUUCUGGAAUGAAGUUGGACAAUCACUGAAUGACCAGUUCGAGUUCAUAGAGGAAUUCAUUGCAAAGAGCAAAGACAUGCCUGGAUAUGAAGUGAAAUUUACUGGACCGCUAGACAAGGCAUUUGAGUGUCCAAUUUGCCUGAUUGCUCUUCGAGACCCAGUUCAAAUAACACCAUGUGGACAUCGUAUGUGCAGCACUUGUUUCAAGCCGAUUUUAAGAAACAAGAGGCCUCGCUGCCCCCUCGAUAAUUUAACCUUCGAUCCCUCAAAGGUUUUCCCAGAUAAUGGUUGCCACAGACAGGUUCUGAACCUACAGGUUCUCUGUUCAAACGCAGAGAAAGGAUGUGAGUGGUGUGGGCCGCUCAGUGAAAUAGAGCGACAUCAGGACGUGUGCAGUUACGCCGAGGUAUCGUGUCCGAAACGUUGCGGAGUCUAAUUAGAAAGGAGAAGAGUAACGGAUCACAGUUCACUUGAAUGCGUAAACAGACUGACACUUACACCUUCAAACUUGUACAGCUUUCCCUGUGUCUUGCCCAGCCAACUGCGGUGUAACUAAUCUGACCAAAGAAAAGUUGGCGGUUCAUAUGAACAAUGAAUGUCUCCUCCUCGAAAUACCAUGCAAAUUUGUUGAUGCAGGCUGCAAAUUUAAGGCGGAGAGGUACAAAAUGAAAGAACAUCUGUCCAGCAACAUGGAAUCUCAUUUGAGCGCAUUGAGUGAAUUAGUGAAGUGUCAAAAGAAACAACUAGACAUCCAGAGAGAAAGAAUUCAGCUUCAAAAGGAACACCUUCAGCUUCAGAAAGAAACCUUGCUGCUACAAAAACAAGAAAUCGUCGACGCGCGAGGUCGAACGGCAAAUGGCGAGUUUAUUUGGAGAAUACCAGAUUUCAACCGGAAGUUGGUGGACGCCAAGUCUGGGCGCGCGCCCGAACCGAUGAUUAGUGAGCCUUUCUAUACCCACCCCCACGGGUAUAAAAUGUGUGCAGGGCUGUGGCUCAAUGGUGUUGGUACCGGGAGAGGUAGAUAGAUAUCUGUGGGGCUCCAGGUUCAAGUUGGCGAGUACGACUCGAUUCACAAAUGGCCAGUAUAUCCGCGAUACACCUUCACUCUGCUUGAUCAACGAGACGACUACAAGGAAAGGAAAGACAUCACGGCGCACUUCGAGCCUCAGUGUAUCUCCCGACCGCGAGCCGAUAGACAGCUCGGAAAGGGAGCGAGACGAUUCGUUUUACAAGAUGAUAUAUGCGCCAUUAACUAUUGUAAAAAUGACACAAUUUUCCUGAAGUUUAAUGUAAUUUUAAAACAGCCCCCUUCGGGUUUUUUCAGACCCUGAGGGCUUGGAAUUAGCCUUUAAACUGUCGAGAUGAUGACUUUAUUCAUACAGAAGUCAGACAAUUUACGCAGGCUUACGUGGUGUAAGCCUGUGUCACGUGUCUGCGCGAGAAGACUGAGGAGUUUGCAUAUUUAAAGCCUGCUCAGUGGGGUUUUGCUAUGUUUAAAUUCUCAACAGAGGGAAAUACUGAGUAUAACUUGCUAGACAUGUUAAGUAUAUUUUCAAGGGUAGCACUAGUUCAAUUCACAGCACUAGUAUUUGAUGACGUUAUGUAUACCCUUUACAGUAUGUCCCAAAAUAAAAGCGAAUGUUCUUAAACCUAUAAAAUAUUGUUAAUAAAAUCAUGAUACGAUACAUCCUUAUUAAAUGUUUG